AACCCGCGACAAUCGACAAUCCGACGACCCCGUUCCCGACGCCUCACUCCUCCAACCUCCCUCAAAUACCGCAAAAAUGGGUCGCGUCAGGACGAAGACCGUCAAGAAGUCCGCCAAGGUCAUCAUCGAGCGUUAUUAUCCCAAGCUCAGCCUCGACUUCGAGGUCAACAAGAGGAUUUGCGAUGAGAUCGCCAUCAUCGCCAGCAAGCGCCUGAGGAACAAGAUUGCCGGAUACACGACCCAUUUGAUGAAGCGUAUCCAGCGGGGUCCCGUCCGCGGCAUCUCCUUCAAGCUCCAGGAAGAGGAGCGUGAGCGCAAGGAUCAAUACGUCCCCGAGAUCUCUGCUCUCGACUUCACCCAGAACUCCGAGAACGGAACCCUGGACGUCGAUCAGGAGACCAAGGACCUCCUCAAGAGCAUGGGCUUCGACUCCAUUCCCGUCAACGUUGUUGCCGUCUCCCAGCAGCAGGUUGUGGAGCGCCCCCGCCGUUUCGACCGCCGCCCUGGCCAGUAAAUGUUCGAUUUCGGCUUUUCUCCUUCGGUACAUUCAAAAGACGGUUAACGGAUGGUGCAUUGGUUUGCCACGGUUUGGCAGGAAUAUAUACUGCCGUCAUGAUGUCUAGGAGUCAAUGAAAAGGUUACCCCCACACAGGUGUCGCUGAGCUCAGUUCUCGAAAGAGAUCUGGGCGAGGCUUGAUUGCCAUUUUCCCCUUUCAUGUCGUGAUGUGGAUGAUAUGUGCUAACCUUGCCCAAUCUUGGGUGUAGAGUCGCUGUUGCAGGUGCAUCUAGGCGCAUUUUCCGUUUCCAGCUCAUGAGCCUUCUUAUGAUAUCAGACCCCUCCCACCGAGUAUAUGAGAGACAUAUCAGCCCAUUUAUAACCAUCUUGUAGACCACGAAGGCUUUGGAAGGCAUGGAUGUUGUUCAAUACUGUAGCCUUAGUAUAAUAUAUCGC